CUCACGCCGACACCAAAUUCAACUCCAACAUUCUCAAAGUAGCUUAAAGCUCUGACAACCCAUCCUAAAUCUCAGCUCAGCUGUCCAAAAAUCAAUUAAUGAAAAGAUCUCACUUUCCUUUUUCCGCAGAUCGGUCAUGGCUUUUGUUGCCGCUGCUUAUAGUAUCGGUCAUUUCACUCACUUUUCUCCUCGCAUUCACUUCUACCCAGACUAAAUCCACUUCUUCCCAGUCCGAUUUCUCUUUUCACCGCCCCAAAUUCACCUUCUCCCAACGAGAUCAUGGCAGGCUACCUGAGUUACCCAGAUUUGCUUACUUGAUAUCGGGGACGAAAGGGGAUGCUCCACGUCUCAAGCGGCUGUUGCAGGCGGUCUAUCAUCCCAGGAAUUACUACCUGCUCCACCUCGAUCUGGAUGCUUCGGAUUCGGAGCGGCUAGAUUUGGCUAAGUAUGUGAAAUCGGAGAGGGUGAUUAGGGAGUUUGAGAAUGUGAUGGUGAUCGGAAAAGCUGAUUUGGUGACUUAUAAAGGGCCUACUAUCAUUGGCAGCACGCUUCACGCGGUGGCCAUUUUGUUGAAGAAAGCUAAAGACUGGGAUUGGUUCGUCAACCUUAGCGCAUCUGAUUAUCCCCUCAUGACUCAAGAUGAUAUUGUGCACGUCUUUUCAUACUUGCCUAGGGAUCUCAACUUCCUUGAGCACACGAGUAGCAUCGGCUGGAAAGAAUAUCAAAGAGGAAGGCCAAUCAUUAUAGAUCCUGGCUUAUAUCAUUCAAAGAAAUCGGGUGUAUUUUGGGCUAAGGAGAAAAGAUCAUUGCCUGCUUCAUUUAAGUUAUUCAUGGGAUCUGAGUGGGUGGUUCUGACAAAUUUUUUUCUUGAGUUCUGCAUCUGGGGAUGGGAUAAUCUUCCUCGCACGCUCCUUAUGUACUACACAAACUUCCCGUCGUCUCAGGAAGGCUACUUCCACACCAUAGUCUGCAAUCACAAAGACUACCAGAACACAACUGUAAAUCAUGACUUGCAUUUUAUAAGAUGGGAUAAUCCUCCAAAGCAGCAUCCAAUGACCCUAACAUUGGAACAUUUCGACGACAUGGUUCGGAGUGGAGCACCUUUUGCUCGGAAGUUUGCUGAGGACAAUGAUUCGGCCCUCGAUAAGAUCGACAAGGAACUGUUGAGGAGAUCAAAUGGUCAGUUUACUCCAGGGGGUUGGUGUGUGGGUGGUUCGGGUCCGGGUAAAGAUCCUUGUGUGGUUUUCGGGGAUCCAAAUGCUGUUAAACCUGCUGUGAGUUCAAAGAGGCUUGAGAAACUAUUGGUAAAACUUCUUGAUACUGAAAAUUUCAGAUCAAAGCAGUGUAAAUAGUUUUUUUUUUUCAUGUAUUGCUUAAUAUCUCAAUAUC